CCUUGAUUGCAUACAUCAAACAUGUCAUUAUCCAAUGGUCAAGUUCUCUCAAUUGUGACGUAAGGGACACUAGAAAUUAGAAUUUCUAAAAAUAUUCCAUGUCAACAUGUGCGGUGGAGACCGGGGAAACGUCGGGCAAAGAGGAUAUCAGUCUCACAACAUGUCUUCACCAACUGCAGACGUCUUCCGAUGUGGCUUGCAAAUGUAUCAGCUGUCCCCAGAUUCAAAGCGACUUGAGUCAUACACAGAGGAUAGAACAUAUGAUAGUUUGGAUGGAAGUUCCACCGAGUUGACUGAUGUGUUUGAAGAAGAGGAUUGUAUUCAGGAUGAAGGCUGGUGUACCCCUGUUGCAGACCUGAAACAGAAAAUUGCAGCUCGGCUAGAAAACUAUCUUACCAAUGAGAGCCUGUCUGAAGAUGCCUUUUUACUGAAACAUGUUCAGAGGAACAAGAAGGGCUACGUCAGUGUGAAGUUACUAACUUCAUUCAAAAAGAUCAGGGAGCUCACACGUGACUGGCGAACCACUCUGGCUGCGGCUCGCACCACGCAGCAGCUGGAAGUCAACGAGGAGGGAACCAAGGUGCGACGGAGGGACCCAGUGCCCGACUGGCUACUGUGUGUCCCCACCAGCAAGCUGCUGCUGGCCUGGAACCUCCUGGGAGGAGAGGACAACGAUGAGGAGAGCGUAGCCCCGGGGGUGGAGCAGCAGAGCCUGAUGGAGACAGCCAUGAGACUAUUUGGCUGCUACGGCACCAUCACGUCCCUCCGCAUCCUGCGCCCAGGGAAGGAGAUCCCUGCCGAGCUCAAGAGGUAUGCAAAGAAACACAUGGAGCUGGGGCGUAAGGUGUGUGCCGUGGUGGAGUAUGAGUACCUGGAGGGGGCACGGCGGGCCUAUGAGGCCCUGCAGGCUGAGGAGCAGCUACAGGGGAACAGGGCUGUACGUGUGGCACUACUAGGCAGCAGGGGCACCAGGAAGCCAAGGGGCAGCCAGGACCGCACAGAGGAAGAGUCUGAGGACGGUAUCGAGAGUGUGUGCUUGAGGAAGCCCAACCGCAAGGGCAGACGCUACCUGGGCUACUCCUUGGAGGACUCUGCCCUCUACAGCUCAUCUGAGUCUGACUUCGCCCCUGCCUCGCCCAGGCCCAACCGCAGGGUCACACGACCUCAGGCUCUGUACGGCAGCCCCCUGGCCAUCCCCCGAGUGUCCUCCUUCCGCUCAGACCCCUACAAGAACCCAGUUUGUAGCCCUGUGGGGAGCCCCCUCCUGCCCCGCAAGCUGUUCCCCAGUGGCCACACUCCGUCCCCGCUGGCCGCUCCAGAGAUCAGCAGCAGCCCUGUAUCCAGUGGCAAUGGAAGCUUUGGUAGCAGGAGCAAGUGCUCCGGGGACUAUUCCCAGGAAAGUUUGGGCUUUGUGGGGAGCCCCUGGGUCCAGCGUCGGAAGACUGCCGCCCAGACAUUUUUUCCUGACAAAGGUGGGCCCCUCUCGCCUGGCCUGCCCAAGAGGCCACUGGGCGCGGUGGAUGUGCUGCGCCAGCCGCUUGGCCCUGAUGGCACUAAAGGCUUCUACAACUGCAUUGGCAGGGGGAAGCUGGUAGUGCAGCAAUGAUAAAGCCUGGCCAAAAUUACCUCUGCCCAAAGCAAGGAAUGAUUUGAUCUUAAUGUAACCACCAUAUAGUGCCCACAAUUACUUUUGAUUGUCUCAAUGUUUAUCUAAAUGAAAUGGGGGGGGGGUUGUCACGUUGGUCAAACUUAUGAAAAUGUUAUUUUGUAUUGAUUAAUAAAGAUUACGAUGUACUUUCAACAGUUCUUAUGUUAUUUCCCUUUAUGCCCAGUAUGGACUAAAACUAUUGACUAUGCAAUGAUAUCUCAGUACAUUACUAUUCUGGGGUGAAACAUGGUUUCAUUCCUGCCUCAACUGCUAAAGACACACGCAUAUACGGUUAACUUCUAAUGUAUGAGUCACCACCAGGAUAAUGUUCUCAACGAGUCAAGUCCCACGGGGGCAAUGGCCACCAUAGUCUGUCAAGCACCAUUCCCUGUGCCUGCAUGUCUUCUAGUGGGGUAUGUUCUAAAAAGAUAGUAUUGUUUUUUUGUUCUCUCACACUGCCAAGUUAUUUUUCCAAGUAAAUGGUGUAU